AUGUUUAUCUCCUCCUCCAUCUCCGUGAUCACCUCAGGCUUCCCGCACAGAGCGCCGAGAUCCGCCUCAGUCUUCUUCUCGGAUCCUUACGACUCCCAUCCUCUAUGGUUCAAGCCUUCCUUCUUCCCCUCCCCUGGGUUCGACUCCGAGUCCUUCAUUUCAGAGCUCCGUACGUUCGUUGCCUUCGACACCCUCCGAUACGAGCUCCGAUCACACCUUGCAUCCCUGAACCGCGAGCUCGUUGAUCUCAUCAAUCGAGACUACGCCGAUUUCGUGAAUUUGAGCGCUAAGCUCGUGGACAUCGACUCGACUGUAGUCCGCAUGCGCGCCCCGCACCUUGAUCUCCGUGAGAAGAUAAAUGGGUUUCGCGGAUCCGUGGAGGACGCAAUUUCCGGAGUAAGGAGUGAGUUGCGCCAACGUUCCAAUGCUGCUGAUGCCGGCGAGGUUCUCGAGUUGUUGCUCGACGCUUUUCAUGGGGUAUCUAAGGUUGAGAAGCUCAUAAAAGUUCUACCAAGUACUCCGUUUGAUUCCAUGGGAAGGAGUUGUAUGAGUGAUGAGAAUCCCAAGCAGCAAGAUGGCACAGCCAUGAGAGAAACCCAGAGCACGCUUUUGGAAAGAAUAGCUUGUGAAAUGAAUCGGCUCAAGUUCUAUAUGGCUCAUGCACAGGUCUCCAUCGUGCAUUUACUCCACCAUAACCUACCUUUCAUUGAGAAGAUGGAGAAGAGGAUUCAGAGCGCCUCUGUGUUAUUGGAUGCUAGCCUGGGCCAUUGCUUCAUCGACGGACUAAACAACAGCGAUACAAGUGUUCUUUACAACUGCCUACGUGCAUACGCCGCCACUAAUAACACCAAGAAUGCAGAAGAAAUUUUCCAUACAACGAUUGUGGCUCCAUUUACGCAUAAAAUUAUCGCACGUGAAACAUCAGCGGGUGCUGCUGGAACAUCGGGAGAUAUCAAGCAUUUUAUCGCCAAGGACUGUAAAAUGCUGCUAGAAGUAUCUUCCACAGAGAAAUCGGGUUUGCAUGUCUUCAACUUCUUGGCGAAUUCAAUCCUGAAAGAAGUUCUUUCGGCAAUCCAGAAGGUCAAACCAGGAGCAUUUUCUCCUGGAAGGCCUACCGAGUUCUUGAAGAAUUACAAGGCAAGUUUGGAUUUCUUGGCAUAUCUUGAAGGUAGAGUAACUGAUCUUACAUCUUUCUCUGAGCUUGAUCGCAUGGCUUAUCAGUUGAGUCAUGUGACAUGUGCUUUUUGUGAAGGUUAUUGUCCGUCAAGCUCAGCUGUAACUAAUUUUCGAGCGGAAGCCAUAUAUGUCGAAUUCAUGAAGCAAUGGAAUGUGGGAGUGUACUUCUCACUGAGGUUUCAGGAGAUAGCUGGAAGCUUAGAUUCUGCUCUGACUUCUGCUUCUCUGGAUUCUGACUCAGAUAAAAAGAGUUCUCCCAACUUAAUCAUCAGACAGAGCGUUACUCUUUUGGAGUGCUUGCGAUCAUGUUGGAAAGAAGAUAUUCUCGUUUUCUGUGCUGCUGAUAAAUUUCUUCGCUUGACCUUUCAGCAUCUUUCAAGAUAUUGCAAUUGGGUGUUAUCUGCGGUGAAUGCUAGAAAAAGUAAUGGUGGCAGCCUGAGUCCUGGAUGUGAAUGGGCAGUUUCAGCCACUGCAGAAGAUUUUGUAUAUGUUAUACAUGAUGUAAAUUGUCUACUCUCAGAAGUUCGGGGCGAUUACGUUGAACAUAUAUCACACUAUUUAUCUCCAUGCUCCUCUGAAGUUCUGGAUAUGGUGAGGAAGAGCAUGUUACAGGGUGCAGAAUCAUUACAGAACGUCCUAGCUUUACUUAACAAGACCAUAAUUGAAGUCAUUGUUGAUAAAUCUGUUGAGCACCUAAGGCAGCUCAAGGGAAUAACCACAACGUUGAUGAUGAAUAAACCACUGCCUGUUAGGCACUCACCAUACGCCGUUGGACUAUUGCGUCCUCUUAAGGCUUUUUUGGAGGGAGAUAAAGUUACACAUUACUUGACUCACGAAACAAGGGAGGAGUUAUUGCUUUGCACUCUCACUGAAAUUACCAAACAGUAUUAUGAAUUAGCUGCUAAACAUGUUAGCGAGGAGAAAAUAAAAGAGACUUUGCUUCAGAAACAUCGACAAAAUGCGCAGAAACGAGCGAGUGCAGCAUCAUGUGUAUCUGACCACAAUGAAACUGGAACAGACAAGAUGUGUAUGCAGUUGUUCCUUGAUCUUCAGGAGUAUGGCCGAAACAUUUCUGUUUUUGGGUUGAAUCCGGAAGAUAUCCCGUCAUACUGUUCCCCUCUGGCAAUGCGUUACACCUGCGGAUAGGCAAAACACAAUUAGUGUUCGAGGACUCGCGCUGCAUUUUCAUACAACAUUUAUGAUUGGCUUUGUUUUGCUUUAACACUUACAGAGUGACGAGAAGAGGAAGAGAGAGAGGUGUUUUCCAAAAAAAAAGUUGCCAUUAUGAAUGAGAGAUGUAUGAGUUAGUGGCUUAGUGGCAGCUUUGGCCAUUCAAUCUUUUUGUAGAACUAUUUCAUCUUCAGUAUAUAUAAACACCGCACCAAAGGCAAAGAGAGAAUGACUUCUUUAUUACGUUCGAGUGUUUUUAGGGCCG